CAAAAAAGAAAAAAAGCUGAGAGAGAUGUUGCUGGCCCUAUAUAAGGUGCAGUCACCUCCUGCAGAGUGCAUCAAGAAUCACAGCAAAGUGCUGAGUGCUGUAGCUGCAACCUGCUGGAACGGACAAUCUCGGACCGUGAACCAUGGCCUACCUGCAGACCUUGUCCAAGAGCUUCCCAGGAUGGGUUUUCUUCUGUUGCUGUCUCCCUCUUCUUCUCACCAGCUCUCUACCUCUGAAAGGGACUUCUACUGCCCAUCACACCUGCAGGCUCAGGAAGAUCAGCUUCCAGCAGCCUUACAUUAGGAAUCGCACCUACACCUUGGCUAAAAUGGCCAGUGCCUCGGACAAGGACACAGAUAACAGAUUGAUUGGGCAGCAGCUCUACGUUAACAUCAAGGAAAACAACCGCUGCUACCUGAUGAAGAGGGUUGUGGAGAUUGUGGUAAAAGAUGUUCUCCUCACUGAGGUCAAGAAUCAGUACCCAUAUGUUGAGGAGGUUGCACAGUUCUUGGCAUCCCUGACCUCGGAGCUGAGCAGAUGCAAAUUCUCAGGAAACAGAGAACACAUUGAAAAGAACCUGGAACAAAUGAAGAACAAAAUGGAACAGUUGGGAGAAAAUGGAAAGACUAAAGCCAUUGGAGAAUUGGAUUUACUGUUUGACUACAUGGAAAAUGCCUGCACUGGUAUCGCAAAGAAGGGAGGGAACAAGGAGAAAAACUGAGAAAAUUUCAGAUCGGGCUUGAAGAGAUGUCUCUGAAAAUCUCUUGUGAUAACUCAAACUGAUUAGCUGUUACAGCAACUACACCCAUUCCCCCAAGAUGCAAUAUGUUUUCCAUUUGUGUCAAAACUAGCAAACUAAGUGGGCAGAGACAGGAUGCAUAUUGCUGCCUUCUUUGAAAAUGAAAACUCCAGGACACUGCAGCUCCAUUUAAAUACAGGCCAUUAGUUAUUUUCAAAGGCAUGCUCCUGUCCUCCCCAUCUCCAUAGGAAUGAGGCAACUGUUUCUGUCUUUUAUAUGUUGAAAUUUGACACCUAUGGAUCAGCUUUGAUCAAGGUAGGCAGUUAAAGGUAGCCAGGAAGUUUUGAGCCUCUUACCUGGAAGUCUAUCUUGAAUAUGUUGUUCCUCUUCUGACCUUUGCCUGAAAAGCUGGUAUUUCAGACUAAUUCAGAAAUAUUUUUUGUCGUUUGUAUUUAAUGGUAACUUAUUUUAAAGUAAU